AUGCCACCCACACUCGAGAAGAUCGAUACCAAUCCUCCCCCAUACACGGCCAAACCCAAGACUACCAUGACUCCCGUCACCCACAAGCACAUGUCCGACGAAGAGGUCAAGGCAUACAAGGACGUCUUUGCUCUGUUCGACAAAGAUGGAAGUGGCACGAUCACGGCGCAUGAACUCGGUGAGAUCAUGAAGUCACUUGGCCAGAACCCCUCCGACUCGGAGUUGCAGGACAUGAUCAACGAGGUCGACGUCGACCGCUCCGGCAGCAUAGAUUUUGAAGGCAAGCAAGCCCUCCCUUCAAUCACUACCUUCCUUCUGCUUCCCAUCCUUCCAACUCCCAAUGCAAUCAAUCUGACAACAUCCGUAGAAUUUCUCAAAAUGAUGUCCACGACCGUCAAGGCGCAAGACUUCGCCCAUGAGACCCGCGCCGCAUUCAACGUCUUUGACAAGGACGGCUCUGGGACCAUCUCUGCCGAUGAACUACGUCAGGUGAUGAAAUCCCUUGGGGAAAACUUGACGGAUGCCGAGAUCGACGAGAUGAUUCGUGAGGCGGACAAGGAUAAUAACGGAACAAUAGAUUGUACGUGUCCCCCAAUGCUCCCCCACCUUACCCUGGCUGUCCCUCCUCGAAGUUUCCAAAUGUUCUUUCUAGCCUCCUGCAUCAAAGAGUGA